CUUCUUUUUCCUUUGGAUAUGAGGGUUGCUGAUGUCAACCCCUCGAGAGUUCAAAACACGGAAUAAAGAGAAAAGAACUCUCGGUCCAUUCGCACAAUCGACGUCUGAAUGUCAGUGGCGUUCCCUACAACGUACCAAAAUGCGUCGGCGUGUCGGAGUGGCCGCGGUUCAGAAAUCCCGUCAGGCGGAGGAGAUGUUCCGACAGAAGAAAGAUGAGCUAGCCGCAUUGGAACUCCAUCAAUUGGAUCAGCAAUUAGAUUCGUUCAAACAGAAACUCGAAGAAUUCGCCAGCAAGCACAAGAAAGACAUUCAGAAAGAUCCAGAUUUUCGGAGAAAAUUCCAAGAAAUGUGCGCCAAUAUCGGUGUAGAUCCGUUGGCGUCAUCGAAGGGAUUCUGGGCGAAUUUGCUCGGGGUCGGUGACUUCUACUACGAGUUGUCUGUGCAAAUCAUUGAAGUCUGCCUAGCCACACAGCACAUAAACGGGGGUCUGAUGUCGCUAACGGAGCUCCUGAAUCGAAUCCGGCGAGGGAAGAAUCGGAGCGACAUUUCUAGUUCCGAUCUCAUCUCAGCAAUAAAGAAAAUCGGAGUUCUGGGGUCAGGCUUCCAACUUGUACCAACGGGACCUGAAUGGUACGUCCAGAGUGUAGCAAGAGAACUCUCCGUGGAUCAGAGUGAGGUCAUCCAGGCGGCUGAAAAAAAUCAAGGAAUGGUCAGCGUUUCACUUCUGUUCGACGAGUACAAAUGGCCUCGACCGCGGUGCGAGAAGGUUUUGAAAGAAUUAGUUGCCGACAACCUCAUCUGGGUGGAUCUAGCGCCCGAAGAGGCAACCUAUUGGUUCCCCGGAAUCUUCCAAGCAAAAAGAGAAAUCAUCGAUGAAUGAAUACUUGAGUUUUCGUGCCACGUUUCUGAGUUGGGGGAAGUCGCUUGUUAUAGAAUAAAGAGUCGUUCCCACGCAUGAGGAC